AUGUCGAACACCGACUUUCUAGGCCGCGCUAUAGAAUCGGUCAAGAAAGCCAUCGAGGCAGACACAGCAGCAGAAUAUGAGAAGGCAUAUCAACUCUACUAUUCGUCCCUUGAGCUAUUCAUGCUAGCACUGAAAUGGGAGAAGAACGCCAAGUCUAAGGAGAUGAUCAGAGCGAAGGCGGGCGAAUACAUGGAGCGAGCAGAGAAGUUGAAGGCGCAUUUAGCAGACGAUGCAAAGCGGAAAAAGCCUGGUAUGGUUGGCGCGAAUGGGACGUCAACGGGGGGCGGAGGAAAGGGGAAGGAGGAAGAGGGAACAGACCCUGAGAGCCAGAAGUUGAGAAACGCGCUUGCGGGUGCGAUUCUACAGGAUAAGCCCAAUAUCAGAUGGGAAGAUGUUGCUGGGUUGGAGGGAGCAAAGGAAGCGCUGAAAGAAGCGGUUAUUCUCCCUAUAAAGUUUCCACAUUUGUUCACAGGGAAGAGACAACCAUGGAAGGGUAUUCUGUUAUAUGGACCACCUGGUACCGGGAAGUCAUACUUGGCAAAAGCUGUGGCUACGGAGGCAAACAGCACGUUCUUCAGUGUCAGCAGUUCCGAUCUGGUCAGCAAGUGGAUGGGAGAGAGUGAAAGGUUAGUCAAGCAAUUAUUUGCUAUGGCCCGAGAAAAUAAACCAUCCAUCAUCUUCAUCGACGAGGUAGACGCUCUAUGCGGUCCCCGAGGUGAGGGAGAAUCGGAAGCCUCUCGGCGUAUCAAGACAGAAAUGUUGGUGCAGAUGGAUGGUGUUGGCCGUGACAGCAAAGGUGUCUUGGUCCUCGGCGCAACGAAUAUACCUUGGCAAUUGGAUGCUGCUAUUCGUCGUCGUUUCCAAAGACGUGUGCAUAUCUCGCUCCCGGAUCUUCCAGCCAGAACGAAGAUGUUUGAGAUCAGCGUUGGCUCAACACCUUGCGAACUUACUGGUGCCGAUUUCCGGAAGUUGGGAGAGCUAAGUGAGGGCUACUCUGGUAGUGAUAUCAGUAUUGCGGUGCAAGAUGCCCUCAUGCAGCCCGUACGAAAGAUCCAGACCGCAACACAUUACAAGAAGGCAGACAAUGGCGAAGAAAAGCUUACACCUUGCUCACCUGGGGAUGCAGGUGCGAUGGAGAUGACCUGGACUGAAGUCGAUUCAGACAAGCUUCUAGAGCCCCCAUUGCAGUUGAAAGAUUUCAUUAAGGCUGUGAAGGGUGCAAGACCAACGGUAUCACAAGAAGACAUUAAGCGAAGUGAAGACUGGACAAAUGAGUUUGGUAGUGAAGGUGCCUGA